UGUCAACUGAAACACUGGAUCAAGGGUGUAAAUCAACAAUGGAUCUCCUGUCAAUCAGCCAAUAGUGAAGACAAAGACUUCAAAGAAGAGAAUGUUUAAAUUUCAUCAAAUGAAACAUAUUUUUGAAAUACUGAAUAAAAUGAGAUGCCUGCGAAAACGUUUUACAGUGUCAUUCUUGGGAGUUCUUGUCAUUUUUCUUCUAUUCAUGAAUUUGUACAUCGAAGAUAGCUAUGUUCUGGAAGGAGACAAACAACUUGUAAGGGANGUCCUCUCUUCUUAUAAGGAUACCCCUAAACUCAGGUAUCUAACAAUUGGACUUUCAUCAGUGAAACGAAAAAAAGGAAACUAUUUACUUGAGACAAUCAAGUCAAUUUUUGAGCAAUCCAGCUAUGAAGAGCUGAAGGAAAUUUUAGUGGUGGUCCACCUAGCAGACUUUAAUUCAACCUGGCGUGAUGUCAUGGUCCAGGAUAUUACACAGAAAUUUGCCCACCAUAUUAUUGCAGGAAGAUUAAUGGUUAUACAUGCUCCAGAGGAAUACUACCCGAUCCUGGAUGGCCUUAAAAGAAAUUACAAUGACCCAGAAGAUAGAGUCAAAUUUCGUUCCAAGCAAAAUGUAGAUUAUGCUUUUCUGCUUAAUUUUUGUGCCAAUACUUCAGACUAUUAUGUAAUGCUUGAAGAUGAUGUUCGGUGUUCAAAAAAUUUCUUAACUGCCAUCAAGAAAGUCAUUGCAUCCUUAGAAGGAACUUACUGGGUUACUCUUGAGUUCUCUAAGCUUGGAUACAUUGGUAAACUCUACCAUUCUCAUGAUCUCCCACGUUUGGCACAUUUUUUAUUAAUGUUUUAUCAAGAAAUGCCUUGCGACUGGCUAUUGACUCAUUUUCGGGGUCUCCUCGUUCAGAAAAAUGUGAUCCGUUUUAAACCAUCUCUCUUUCAGCACAUGGGUUACUAUUCAUCAUAUAAAGGGACUGAGAAUAAACUGAAGGAUGACGAUUUUGAAGAGGAGUCAUUUGACCUCCCUGAUAACCCCCCUGCAAGUCUUUACACCAACAUGAAUGUGUUUGAAAAUUAUGAACCAAGAAAGGCUUACAGUAGUGUUGAUGAGUACUUUUGGGGAAAACCACCUUCAACAGGAGAUUUCUUUCUGAUUGUAUUUCACAAUCCAGUUAUAAUAAAGAAAAUUAAAGUAAAUACUGGAACAGAAGAUCGGCAAAAUGACAUUUUGCAUCAUGGAGCCCUAGAUGUUGGAGAAAACAUCCUGCCUACCAAACCAUGGAGAAAAUGUCUUACUUACUUAAGACUAGGAGAAUUCAAAAAUGGGAACUUUGAAAUUUCAGAUGUGAAUCAGAAAAUACCAUUUGAUAUAGAUUGUAUGAGGAUAUAUGUUACCAAAACACAAAAGGAAUGGCUGAUUAUAAGGAGUAUUAGCAUUUGGACUUCUUAGCCAAUUACAUCAAUGUGCUCAGUUGCUGAGGCAGGUCUUCCUGUUUCCCUCUUUGCUACCUUCCUCUUUUGCUACCUUUGUUUUUUAGAGGGAAAGCAAUGAAUGAGCUAUCUUUUAAAAGAAUAGUUAAUCAUCUUGGCAUUUUUUGUUACACAUUGUCAACAUAAUUUUACUCUAAUACACACUUGUAUUGUUAAGUUUAUCAGCCCAUAGUUAAUGAUACUUUUAUUCAUACUUUUUAAUGUUCUCAGUUUCAAAAUUUCAGCUGAUUGUCAAAAGGGUAACACAAAAAAAUUUAAAAUGAGAAAAUUUAGU